CCAACUUCUUCGGAAAGACGCUAGGGUGUCCUACUAGCUUACAGUUACAUUUAGAAACAAUUUUGCAGUGGGUCGCCCGAGACGUCUUUAUUUAUUUUUACAGAAUUUGCUGUGCUUUCUGUGCACAGCUUUAGUUACUAAGCAGGAUGGUUGUGCUAACCAACGACAAUAACAACACCGAUGAACGGGACUUAAUCCUUAUCGAUGAGCCGCCAAGAUCUCUGCCUAACUCUCCAGCCAAGCGUGUCUCACCGGCCAAGAAAAAGCAAUUCUUCAUCAACCAAGCAAUCCGCAACUCAGACCUCAUCCCUAGAGCAAAGGGCAAGAAGAGCCUUAGAAGACAAGAGAACACUCGCUACCUGGCUAAUCUCCUGGAGAGAGAUGAAUGUGUCAAAGAGGAGGGCGAAGUCUGUGACUCUGCCAUCCCCACCAUAUUCACUGAAGCCUGCACCAAUGGGAACUAUGCCGAGACCUGGAGUGAUUUCAUGAAUCGCUCCGGUGAGGAACAGGAGAAACUGUUAGCUCUGCUGGAGGAGGAGGCCAAGAGGACCUGCGCCAACCAACCGCUCAAGGACCAGAGGGAGAUCAACCCUGCCUUCAGUGCUCAGGACUGCUUCCAGAAGAUCGACCGCAGGUUGCGUGUCUGUCUGAAGCGGAAAAAUAUCCCAAUUGGCACCCUGGAGGUCAUUGAGGAAGAUCUCCUGCGUUUUUUCAGGGCUCAGCCCCAUUCUGUUUACAUCACUAAUCUUCAGAGCAGCUAUGAAAGGUUGUUGCUUCAUGCCGUCUGCCAGUACAUGGACCUCAUCUCCCAGAGUUCUGACUGUAAUGGGGCACGCCAGACCGAGGUGAAGAACAACCAAGAGGAGUUCCUGCCACCCCAACCCCUUCUGUCCACUUACCUGGGCCAGAUGAGCUGAGAGAUGGACAGGACAGAAGAUGAGAGCGAGAUCGAGGAAAGGAUGCAUGGGCAGGAGGAGUCACUGCCACCCCAUUAGCCAGUAGUAACACUGAGGAAGCAGCUUUAUUAUGAGAUUUGGCUUGUAAGUAGGAUUCUGUCAAUACUGAAAUUCUGUAUUGAUGGAUGCUGUAUUGAUAGGUUUAGCUAUGUAUUUCACAAUAUUUCCCUUUGGACACAUACACUCACGAUGGCACACAUUGUCAAUAGGUCAGUAGAUUAGGGAACAUGUCUCUGGUGGCUGGUUCCUAGAGAGGCGGCUUUAAAACAA